AUGACGAAUCCCGACAAUCGGAAUUCCGACGUCGAGGCGGCGGAUACAACGGAGAAGAAGGCGGCGGAGACGACGGAGACUGGAACAACACCGUCGUCGUUUUCAGCGAUUACUCAGAGAUGGAAGAGAGAUGAUUUGAUAAAAAAAGCAUCUCCGAUUAUGAGAGGAUUAGGUCUUUUGUUCUCUCUUCUUACAUUCAUAAUCAUGGUUUCGAACAAACAUGGAUACGGUCGAAACUUCGACGACUACGAAGAGUACAGAUAUGUAUUGGCGAUUGCGAUUAUCUCAACGUUAUACACUGCGUUGCAAACUUUUGUACAUUUCUCAAAAAGAGAGUUUUUAGAUCGCCGGACUUCUGUUUUGGUCGAUUUCUCCGGUGACCAGAUUGUAGCGUAUCUACUCAUAUCCGCUGCAUCUUCUGCAAUUCCAUUGACAAAUAGAUUCAGAGAAGGUCAAGAUAACAUAUUCACUGAUUCAGCUGCUUCUGCUAUUAGCAUGGCUUUCUUCGCUUUCGCGUCUUUAGCUCUCUCUGCUCUCUUCUCCGGUUACAAACUCUCCACUCAAUCUUUUAUCUGA